AGAAGAUGUUACCUCCUCAUGUUCUGCCUGCUGGUCUUGACCACUGUCAUGCUCAUCGUGUACUUGGUGGGUUUCAGGUGAGUCGGAUCGCGCCCCGGCAUCGCGGGGGGUCACUUCUCAUCCCGCAGGAGGGGUGGGGGGUCGACAGGGGGCUGCCCCUUUCGAGAGCUUUUAAAAUUCUGGUAUGGUUGUGGUAUGAAGAUCGAAGAACAUUUGCAUCGACUAGGAUGAUUAACUCUUCUUUUUCUUUUUCUUUCUUUCUUUCUUUCUUUCUUUCUUUCUUUCUUUCUUUCACUCUUGUCAACGUUGACAAAGCAAAGAUGCUGCUUCCCAGGCGCAUUCCAGCGCUUCCUGUCAUGACGUUCACUGUAGUCUCACACGUUUUCAAAGCCAUCGGUUUUUUUCGGUAGCACACGCUCCGAAGCUUUGGUCGAGUUCAGGUGGGAAAGGGGGUGCGAUGUGGCGCAGAAGAGCGAAACGCGGUGAAACAGCAUCCAGCCGCUGAUGAUUUCAGAGAGAAAAAGUGGGAAGAAAGUAAUUGCUGUUAAUUAUAUUUUGGAAACCCCAGUCAGACGUACGUGUGUUUUGAGGAGAACACGCCCUUUGUUGUUUUGCCAGCAAUACCUCCUCAAUGGGAUGUCCGCCAUGUGCCAUUAUUAUAGGAUUUCCUAUUUGGAGAAUCACCGGUGAUUUUGGUUUUCAGUAAAUCCCGUCAAAUUGGGUGUGGUGGGGAGACGGCGCGUUAAAAUGACCGUCUCAGAUGGAACUUGCUACACAUUUUGACCGUUUCAUCAUUUCAACGUCACGAAAGUUUGAAUUGGAUUGAUUGUUACUGUUGAAAAAUUUCCUUUGAAAGCACAUCUGUGCCAAAUAGUCGUCCGGGCGAAGGCUCUUUCUCCACAUUCUACACAUUUCGACAAAAUGCGCUUAAUAUUCAAACAUGCUGUUGGAGGCCAGAUGAACAGCGUUCGCUUGCGGUUUAAUCGUGGCCAUCAGCAUGUCAAUGGUUUAUUUUAAUUUUUUAGAUGCACAGAGAGCAGACCACGCUAACUCCAAAAUGACAACAACAUGAAUUACGGAAAGAAAUGCAUCAAAUAAAAGCCACGCAGCAAUUAAAUAAAGAGCAAGAAGUCAUUUUCUUUACAUCCUCUCAUACGAGCGGCGUAUCUGAUGCGAUCUUCGAUAUCAGGGACUUAAACAACCACAGGCUUCAAGCACAAGUGAGGAAGCCUUACGAGACGCUUGGCCUUCAUCUUACAACUGUCCUGGUGUCACAACGGAAGGAAGCCGUCGGACCCAAGCGCGGAGCGUAGGGUUUCAAAAGGGGACUCCAAAAAAGCGUGGUCACAAGACAAUCCAAGGGUCACCGAUGUACAAACGUAACCAGAGGGACAAUCCGAAAGCCGUAAACCGUGAGACGAGCAGGAGAUCGUGGAAACCGUGAGGUCCAGAGAAUAAAGGAAAAGGAGACGGAGAACAGGGUUGAGGACGGGAGGAUCGGGAAAGCAAAGUCAAAGCACGCGGACCCGCCCAAGAAGGUCCGAAGAGGCCCGAGCCUGAGGAAUCGGAGAUGUGCCAAGAGUGCAGGGAGAAGACCAUCAAGAAGUUGAUGACACUUUAUUCCCCAACCUGGAAGAAGCAGGAGGCUAAUCUCCAUCAGUUCAGGUCUCAGCUGCAGAGCAAAUGCAAUGGAAUCUCCAGUGCCGUUAUCACGCAGGAAAACACUCCGGUGGGGUCAAAGGUCAUAUACGACGGAGAGAAAAGAAAGCCCCUCCAAGUGACCCCCAAACUGUUCAGCACAUUUGUGAAGGAGGCGCCCUUUAGGAAUCACACUUCGGAGACGUGUGCGGUGGUGGGGAACAGCGGCAUUCUUUCCAACAGCAGCUGCGGAGAUGAGAUCAACUCUGCUCAGUUUGUGAUCAGAUGUAACCUCCCUCCUCUGGACAGCAGCUAUGAAAACGAUGUUGGCAACAAGACAAACCUGGUGACGGCUAAUCCCAGCAUCCUCGUGGAGAAAUUUAACGGCCUGACGGAGCAGCGGCGGCCCUUUGCGGAGAGCCUGGUCCGCUACGGCGACUCCCUGCUGCUGCUGCCUGCCUUCUCCUACUGGCACAACACAGCCGUCUCUCUGCGGGCCGUGUACACCCUGCAGGACUUCGACGGCUCAGCCCGGCCCAUCUUCCUGAACCCUGAGUACCUGCGGGGCCUCACGUGGUUCUGGAGGGCGCGGGGCCUGAAAGCGAUGCGUCUCAGCACAGGCCUCAUCGUGGCCAGCCUUGCGUCAGAACUGUGCGCUAACGUGCACCUCUACGGCUUCUGGCCCUUCCCCUGGCACCCGCACGGCGGGGGGCCGCUCACCAACCACUACUACGACAACCGGCAGAGCAAGAAGAAGGUUCACAACAUGCCGGACGAGUUCGUCCAUCUGCUCCGCCUCCACAACCAGGGCGUAGUCAAGCUUCACCUGGGUAAAUGCGAGCCGUAGGCCAGGCGGGCCAAUCCACGGCCCUCGCUGCACGGCGCCGGGCAUCUCAACCAGGCUGCGGGAGCUGAAGCCCUUGUCCAAGCUGGUAUUCGCGCUCUGACAUGAGGGCCACGUCCUGUGAGACUGUCCAACCGUCCUGUUCGGGAGAGAAAAUCUCACACGGAUCCAGAGCCGGAAAAUGGAAAAAGCGGCGGCUAAUUCGGAGCGCCGCCGCUUACGCGGAUCGCACGCGACGGGAGGAGAUAGGCAGCCUCGUCUCGUACAACGUGCGGCUCGAGAGCAGAGCUAACCUCACUUAGACGUUUUGCACUCGGCUGUAGACUAAACACAAAUGACAGAUGUGAGACGCUGACGCAGGUAUCCUACUGGAUCUUCUUCAACGUGCACCAUCUGGAAUCUGGAUUUUAUUUUAUUUAAGUUAACGCAUUUUCCAAUUUUGAAUUUUUACAGCCGUGGUAUCGGUGCGCUCGAGGCGGAGAGUUCCGUUAGGGCUGGUUUUUUGGAAAUUCUGCACAUCGGUGUCACGGCACGAAGGCGCCGCGCGAGCGCCGUGCUUCUUCGGAAUCAGCCGGUCACGUAAACAAUGGAUUUUGGGCAGAUUUCCUCUCCGAGCGAACGGGCUUUGUGCUUCUUCUUCACUGUUAACGCACAACAGCGGGAUCCCUUCAAAAACAUGAGGCGCUGUGCAAAAUCCCACGCUAAACCUCGACCGCUCUUGUUAUGACCGUUGUAGUUCUGCAAUGGGUCUGAGGAACCCAACCCAGAGGUCGGAGAAGCCUGCUGAAGGUUUCGGGUCGGGUUCCUCGGAUCCAAGGCAGAAGCGCAACGGUCACAAGAAGACUGCAUGGUUUACACCGAAUGGAACGUAUGAACAAUGUGCACUCGUUGCAUAUUGAACGUUUUGGGAAAUCCAGCCGGCAGCUCCUUGCCUCCCCUGCUCUCUCGAUACCGAAUGUACUGUGUGUCUUAACAUGGACGUGGAUACUUUGAAAAUAUAACGCAAAUACAUAUUUAAAAUACAGACACCCCUCGACUUACGCAAAUAGACCGUCCUUCAAUUCCUUGCGCAAGUCGAAAUGUACGUGUAUCAGAUUCCCCCCCAUUGCAGAGCCCAGCCUCCUAAUUUCCUUUGCAUUUGUUGCAAACAAGGGAAUCAAAAAAUUACACAAUAUAAUUCUCUAGUAAA